AUGGAUGUUCUCAAAGACUUCCCUGAAGAUUUCGCCAAGGCAUUAAAGACCAGUUUUGAACUGUUGAAGAAUUUUAACGUGAGGUAUCUGGAAGAAAAUCAUUCAUUUGUCGAAAAAUACUGGCGUUUCUCGUACAUAUUUGUUACUAUCUCCAUUCAUGUUUUCUCAUUGGGCUUUCACAUGCCAGAGCUGCUGACGGAAGAUGAGAUGACACAGUUUGCAUACCUGAUACCUUCUAUUCUGGUUACUAUACACGCAACGUCAUCAUCAUCAUCAUCAUCAUCAGCCUAUAAGUGCUUACUGCUGAGCAAAGACGUCUUCUUAUACGGAGAAGUGUUUCUCCUAGUUUCCUUGUAUACUGGAACUGCAUUGAUAAUGAUAUCGUGCUGUGCGCUAUUAGGAGCAGAAUUUUUGAUGCUCAAAGAUGAUUUGGCUCGCGUCAAGCCAGAAAGCUGCGGCACUAUAAGUAAUACAGAUGAAUUGGAUGAAAAUUAUAAUAUAAAUAAAGAUCUUCCUAUAGAAGAAUUUGUGAAAAAACACCAAAAGUUGUUGGAAGUUCAAGCAUUGGAGACACAGCUUAUGAAAAUUUAUGGUACCAAGGCAGCAGACGCUAUAAGAUGGCAAUAUAUUUUAUCAUUAAAAUACCGCAAGCGGGAUAAGCCCCGGAAAAGACGGCGUGACCAUCUAGACGCCUUUCGUCGAGACUGGUGGACACGGUCGACAGAUCGGGAGGUAUGGAAGCGAGAUGGGGAGGCCUUUGCCCAGCAGAGGGACAUAACCUAG